CAUGGACAUAACUGAAUGCCGCAGACACCGGCAUUCGUCGAUUCGACCCACUUGGCCAGCAGCAUGCAGUGGCACCCGCAACAUCACCACUCGCAGUCUUCAUCGGACCCGUCUUGUUGCAAGCUACCGGUACACCACCCACCUGCCCGCGCCGCGGAUGACGCCGUCGAUCUCGAAGACAUGGCCCGCCGCAUCGAUAUCCGCCGCGCCACGAGCAUGCGGGACCUGCGGGUGCGGACGUUCGCCACGGAGCGCAGCGCAUUUGGCUUUGCCAAGUUGUACGAAGUCGAGAUCGAGAACGCGUGCAACUACAACACGCUGCACUGGAAACUGAGCGUGUGGUUUGGGGACUUUCGCGCGUUCUACAGCCGCGUCAAGCGGAUCAAAGCGCCGUCAUUGAAAGCGUUUCGAAAGCAAGCCAGCGGCAUCAUGCUACGUGGCCUCUUUGGCGACAAGGCGCUGUGCAUCACACGCUUCCUACGGCUUCUGUUUCUCACGCUGGGCGACGUGGCACCGACGCUAUCCGUGUCGGAAGCGGCGCGCACACUGCUUCAUCUUACCGACGACUUUUGCCAAAUGGAAUACCCCCACGACCACCGCGCUUUGCUGACCAUCCGGCAGAUGAAGUCGGUGGACUUUGCCAGUUGCGGGAAGGACGCCAGCGACGACGACGUUGUUGCGGCCUGCUGCAUUUGUUUGGUGGACGACGACAGUCGUGACGUGGUAAUCCCACGAGUCAUCUUGCGCUGUGGCCACGAGUUCCACGAGUCGUGCAUCUGCAUGUGGUACUACUCGCGGUUGAACUGCCCCGUUUGUAGGCAGUAAGUACAGUAGUAGAGGGGGCUAGUUGUUGGGUCGUUGAAGCAAGAAUCACAUAUGAAUGUUAUUAAUGGAACGCAGAUUGCGUCUUAUGGUUCUGCUGUUUCUCCUGCCAUUGUUUGACU